AUGUCAUCGGCCGGUGCCACCAAAAACAAACCGAAAAAGAGCAGCAAUCUGCGCAUACGGUGGAUACCGGGGCGCAAGAAACACAACUGGAAGGGUUCGUACAAUCCGACGAAGAAUGGGCUACCCCAGAUGUACGGGAUGCAGCCGCGCAAGAACGAAUCAUGGACGCUGGGCGGCUCGAUGAAUCACAGUAAAAUAAUAAACGCUAACUUUUUUUUCAGAGAUCUUCACGAAAACAACAUAGACGUGGCGAGCAUCGUGACGACGGCAGCCACCGGUAGUGCGAUGGCUGCAAUGGUGACCACAAAUGGGCCGACCGAUCAACUGUCGCUGGAACCAUGUCCCUCGACCAGUUCCGGAAAAGGGCAACAUUCUCCACAGCCACAGAUAGUAAUAGGCACCAUUGAGCUCAACAAUUUAAAUGGAGAUGUUGCUAGCAACAAGCAAGAGAAGGAAAUCGGUACGAGCAACCAUUUCGAAGCGCUUACACUGAUCGACGAGGAUGAUGAGGAUAAGGACCGGAACUGCUCGAAUGCUCCUUCGUCCUCAUCACUGCUCUCGUCCAACAACGAUAACCGUUCGACGGAGGAAAACAACCUGCACAAUGCGAACACUUUGUCGAUCAGCGAGCAGCAUCGGAGUCGGAACAGACGUCGCAGCAGCCAAAAGGAUCGCCGCAGUGCCGAGGACAUCGAUUCGAUCGAUCAGGCUGAUAGUGCGGUUGAUGUAACGCACGAGGAAGAAGCGAACGUGUUUGAUGAUGAGGAAGACGAUCGGCAAAAGCAACACACUGCUCCCGGAGCAAACAACAUAAGGGCAGUGCACCGGCGCAAAAGCAACCGAAAACGAUCUCGGCAAAGACGAUCUCCGGUUCUGCUACAUCAGGACAUGGUGGAUGGUGAAGAGGAGCGGAAAGAACCGUACGACAAGGCGGUCACAUGUUUGUACUGGUCGCUUGCCUGUUGGGAUUGUAAUAUCUCGUAA